AUGGCCACGGGCAACGUAGCAUCCAACGACUCGCCUCCGAUCCAAACAGUCUCAUUAGCGGAGGUUGAUGAGGUAACCAAGAAAAAGACCAAAAUAUCACGCAGCUCGCCCAUGCGUUUGCGUAUGGAGGCUCUAAUACAAGAACAUCAAAACCGCAUAGUAUUCGCAUUGGAAAAUAUCGACGGCAAGAAGUUUAGACGGGAUGAAUGGACGAGACCCCAUGGUGGUGGAGGGACAUCAUGCGUCCUGCAGGACGGAAACGUCUUUGAAAAAGCUGGAGUCAAUACCAGUAUCGUCUAUGGCGAACUUCCUCGUCCUGCCAUUGAGAAAAUGCGAGCGGACCACAAGUCCUUCGUUGACUCAGAUGUCGAGAAGUUGAACUUCUUCGCAGCAGGCAUCUCUCUUGUCCUGCACCCAUACAACCCCAUGGCUCCUACCGUCCAUCUCAAUUACCGAUACUUCGAGACAUCAGAUCCCAGAGACCCCGUCAAUGCUACAGGGACAUCCCAGACGAACUGGUGGUUCGGAGGAGGCACGGAUCUCACACCAAGCUAUCUGUUCGAAGAGGAUGCCAAACAUUUCCACAAGACGAUCAAGACUGCCUGUGACAAGCAUGACAAGGACUACUACCCCAGGUUUAAGAAAUGGUGCGACGACUAUUUCAAGAUCCCACACCGAGGCGAAUCGCGAGGCAUUGGUGGCAUCUUCUUCGACGACCUCGAUGCCAGCACACAACCCAACGCCAAGAACCCGCAGGAAGAUUUGUUCCAGUUUGUUGUCUCUGGUCUUGAGUCAUUCCUACCUUCGUAUCUUCCUAUCAUCAAGAAGAGGAAGGAUAUGCCAUUUCUACCGCAACAUAAAGACUGGCAACAGAUCCGACGUGGCAGGUACGUCGAAUUUAACCUCAUUUAUGAUCGUGGAACUAGCUUCGGCCUCCGAACACCCGGAGCCCGAGUCGAGAGUAUUCUUAUGAGUUUGCCCUUGACCGCCCGUUGGGAAUAUGCGCACCCAGUAUGUGGUACCGGCGUUGCCGCGAUUCCCGAGGAGGAGGACGGUGACCAGGAGAAAGAGAGAGAGCUCAUGGAUGUUCUCAAGAAUCCGAAAGAGUGGGCAUGA